CGCCUGAUCCUGCUCAGCUGGUGACCAGUGUUCCUCCAGGAUACUGUUACUGGAAACCAUCAACACCUGGUCUCCUCGACAUAUUUUAUUAGUUUGGUUCAGGCCGGGCUCUGGUCUUCAGACACUGAACGGAACCAGCUGCAUCGUUCCGUUAGAACAAUGUCUCAUUUCAACACCGACCCGUUCUCAGAACCGGACUUUAACAACCCGUUUCAGGAUCCAUCAGUGCAACAACAGAGACGGAGCAAUCCUGCAGGGUUGGAGGAGUACAACCCCUUCACAGAUGCCAAACAAACACCUGCAGGCAUGGCUCCCAAGACGGCAGGCCUCACGGUCGGCACACAGCCCGCCAUCAUGAAACCCACGGAGGAGCCUCCGGCCUACUCGCAGCCUCAAACACAGGAGUCGUCACAAGCAGCUGCUGAGCUGCUGAAGAGGCAGGAGGAGCUGGAAAGGAAGGCUGCAGAGUUGGACCGCCGGGAGAGAGAGAUGCAGUCACUCAGUGCUUCAGGAGGCAGAAAAAACAAUUGGCCUCCCCUCCCAGAGAAUUUCCCUGUGGGACCCUGUUUCUACCACGAUAUCACCGUGGAUAUUCCUGUCGAGUUCCAGAAGACUGUCAAAAUCAUGUACUACCUCUGGAUGUUGCACUCUGGAACGCUCCUGGCCAACAUGUUCGGCUGCCUGGCCUGGUUCUGUGUGGAUGCGUCUCGUGGAGUGGACUUUGGUUUGUCCAUCCUCUGGCUUCUGCUCUUCACUCCGUGUGCUUUUGUCUGUUGGUACAGACCCCUUUAUGGAGCCUUCAGGAGUGACAGCUCUUUCAGAUUUUUUGUCUUUUUCUUUGUUUACAUCUGUCAGUUUGGGGUUUAUGUUAUGCAGUGCAUUGGGAUCACUAGUUGGGGUGCAAGUGGUUGGAUCUCAGCUUUGACGGCCCUGAACAGAAGCAUCCCAGUGGGCAUCAUCAUGAUCCUGAUCGCAGCUCUCUUUACCUCGCUGGCUGUCCUGUCCCUCAUCAUGUUCAAAAAGGUCCACAUGUUGUACCGCACCACUGGCGCCAGCUUUGAAAAGGCUCAGCAGGAGUUUGCCACAGGCGUCAUGUCCAACAAGACAGUCCAGACGGCUGCUGCUAACGCCGCCUCCACCGCUGCACAAGGAGCCUUUAAAGAGCAGAUCUAAUCAUGACAGGAUGCCAGUUUCUCUGAUGUCCCUGCUCGGACAGAUCCGAGGUGGUUCAUGUGAGGGAAUGGACUCUUAAGUCAACUUUUACCUUUGUUCUCAGCCUAAAGAAGAAGAAACCAUUUGGACUUUGACUGAACCUGGCAAAUCGCCUGCUCUGCACUCGUACCAGUAUACCAAUGUGCUCUACUUCCUCUGGGUGGGUUUAUGUAUAUGCGUGUGUAUGUCUACGUUUCUGAAUGUGUGUGUGCCUUUUUAAAAGUUGCCUCUGGAUCAGUUCCAGGUUCUAAAGCAGCUCAGCUAACUCCCUCUAACAUCUCCCUGACAUUGUUCUCCAUUAAUCACUUCAGAACUGGCUUCUUUGAUUUCUCAACCAAAUCACUGCUCCGUAUUUGUAAUUAAUUUAUUGUUUAUUGUUGGAGAACAAUCAAUCAAACAUUAUUUUAUUGGUGACCUCUAAUGGACAGGCUUUGUAUGCUGGUGUAGAAUCUGAGUCAUUCAGGACAUGUUUUCUUUUCUGUUUCUUUUUUUUUUUCCCCCAAAGUCUGGUGAAAAAUAAGAUUUAA